CUAAAACAAGAAAUCAAAACUAAUUUGCCUUAUACGCACAGUGUCCCAUACUUUAAACCCUACUUAAUGAUAAAUGCUUUUUUAGUUUGUUCAUUGUUGACGUAACUACGCUAUUGCAUAAAGAUUUUUAAAUAUAAUGUAAACUUUUCUAAGGGAAUGAGGACUUUGUACCAUUUUUUUAAUUAUUUGGGAAAGGUGACAGGUGCUAGUUAACAUAAUUUCUAAUAAUUAUGGAAAAUCAAAGUCACCAAGGCGAAGCCUACCAAACGUAUCAGUCUUUUUGGAAAAAGAAUACUCGUGCUGUUCCAGGCAGACCAAGUCCUAAACAAGAUGGUAAGCUUGGUAAAAUAGGUAGUACUACACUGAUGUCUGGCAGUUCAGUUAAUAUAAUAUCUACAAGUGGUGGAGUUAUAUCAGGAAGUAGUGGAGGCUCUACAUCAUUUCAAGAUUUUCAAGAGAGUGUAGAUGAUGCAUGGGAUUCGGGAGAUGAUGAGUUUUGCACAGUCUCAGAUGUAAAAAUAUCAAAACGAGUUAGCCAGUCUGCUGCUAUCAGUGUCAUUAAUAGUCAUAGGUCAGGAAAAACAUGCAUAGAUUCAGGGACAAAUGUAAAAUCUACGCAUCGCGUUCAAGAAAUUAUUCCGGAGGAAAAACGGGCGGAAGCUCUCCAAAGAUUAGCCGUGCAACCGUUGCAUUUGCGAAAUGCUAAUUUGUCUACGCAUUCUCAAGUGAAUAACAGUCAACAUUCCACAGAAGAUGUGGGUGUAAAGUACGGUGCUUCCCCACAACAUAAACCAACGCAAUUCCCAGGCAGGCCGCAACCGCUAAGACAAACAACCGCGCCUACUAAAUUUUUUGUACCUUCUAAAGAACAAGAUGGGGAAAGUAAAGUAGAUAAAUUUCAGUCCCUUCUGGAAGCUUCUGUAUUAAACUUAGACGAACUGAGGCAGUUGUCGUGGUCGGGUAUACCUGCAAGACUGCGUUCUGUUACAUGGAGGUUAUUGUCUGAGUAUUUACCAGCUAAUUUAGAGCGAAGGCAACACGUAUUAGAACGAAAACGAUUGGAUUAUUGGAAUUUAGUGAAACAGUAUUACGAUACUGAAAGAGAUGAAGGAUUUCAAGAUACAUAUCGUCAAAUACACAUUGAUAUUCCAAGAAUGUCACCGCUUAUUUCGUUGUUUCAACAAACAACAGUGCAAUUCAUCUUUGAAAGAAUACUCUAUAUUUGGGCGAUUCGACAUCCCGCUUCUGGUUACGUUCAAGGAAUGAAUGAUCUAGUGACACCUUUCUUUCUCGUGUUCUUGCAAGAAGCAGUGCCUGUGUCAGCGUGGCAAGAUUUAGAAAAUUAUGAUGUUGCAUCAUUACAAAAAGAACAACGAGAUAUUAUAGAAGCAGAUAGCUUUUGGUGUUUGUCCAAGUUUCUCGAUGGUAUUCAAGAUAAUUAUAUCUUUGCUCAAUUAGGCAUUCAGCACAAAGUAAAUCAGUUGAAAGAACUGAUACAAAGAAUUGAUGUACCUUUGCAUCAGCAUCUACACCAACAUGGCGUGGAUUAUUUACAGUUUUCUUUCCGAUGGAUGAAUAAUCUGUUAACAAGAGAAAUCCCUCUACAUUGUACCAUUCGUCUAUGGGACACUUAUUUAGCAGAAUCUGAUCGAUUUGCUUCGUUCCAACUUUAUGUAUGCGCCGCGUUUCUUCUUCGUUGGAGACGUCAUCUUUUAUUGCAGCCUGAUUUUCAAGGGCUAAUGUUAAUGCUACAAAACCUGCCUACUCAAAAUUGGACAGAUUCAGAAAUAGGAAUAUUAGUAGCAGAAGCAUACAAAUUAAAAUUCACAUUCGCAGAUGCUCCCAAUCACUUGCAAGCUCAUGAUACCAGAAGUUACUGGAUGUUAAUCUAUGAACAAUAAGUUUGCUCGCCAUUUCUCAAUUUGUGAAAAAUAUAUUUAGAUGCAUCCUGAAAUAUGAAGAUGUAAUGCGGAUCGACCGCCACUCAUGGUUCGUAUUACAUUUGUACAAUAUAUUUAAAAUUAUUAUAUACAUCGGUAACAAAUAAGCGAAAGAUUUUAUAAACCAGUUGCAAUUAUAUGACUGCUAUUUUACGUAGCGAUUACAAGUUUUCUUCUACUCGUAUAAAUUUUCAGUUUGUGCCCGAUUUCAUUUAAACAAGUUAGUAUAUGUAAUUUACAAUAUACAAAACAUGUAAAAAAAAAGUAGCACAUGUAUUAUGAUAGUAUUUAUUUCCAUUUCUGUCAGUUUUUCUUACUUCAGAAUACCUUUAAAAAGAGAACAGGCUAUUGUUCGGAAUUUAGAAUCUCGUGUCAGGAGAUUUCGAUGCAAAUCUUUGCCAUGUUUAUUCAUUGCCAUAAUACAAAUAUUACAGAGAGAGCUUCUAUCUUUAAAUUAUCUGUACGUUAUUCUUAGUUAUCUAUAAACAUCUUACAAAAUAAUUAGAAUGUAUGAUAUUUUGUCCUUGGUCAGUGAUUCAGUUGACUUUUGAACGAAUGAAACGAAUUGCGUUUAUAUACACACAAGAGUUUAAAUAGAACGUAAAAGUAUCGAAAGAUACUUGCCUGAUAAUUUGCAUGUCGAGAAAGACUAAUCGAAAGUUGUAUAAAAAGGAAAAAGAUAUAAAAAAUGCGUAUUUCAUAAGAUGAAUUGUACUCUUAACAUAUGGCACGUAUUAUUAUUAUUAUUUACUCGAUGUUGUUAUGUUCUUUGUCGAUUAAAUUUAAAAUAGCGUAAUGUUUUUUGAUUCUUCGAUUCCAAUUUUUUGAUCGGAAACUUGUACACACGAAGCGUGUAGCGUCGUCGAUUAAUAAACGAGACUGUCUCUUUCUUA